AUGGACAUGGAAGGUGCUUUGGUUGGAGAUCUGGAAGAGGUCAAGGUGAAGGAAGACCCCUGGAAGGAUUUCAAACUUCCAUACUCUGUGGCAACUCUGGAAGACUACCAUCUCAGAGCUUACUUUACUGACCAUGACACUGUUGAAUGGCUGUGGUCAAGGAUCCAUGACACCUGCAAGAUCCAAACUUCACCUGGCAAAAUGCUUGCCACCAACACAGAGUCCAUUUACCAAGACAUGGACAAGUUGCUGGUGCCCAGGGAAGAAUUCCACUACAGGGGUGACAAGUUUGUGCCUGACCAAAAAACACCAUGGAAGCAGCAUACAGUGGAAUCAAGAGGGUUCUUUGCCCUUGGCCUGUGGCUGCUCAAAAACAGAAGCCUGAAGGCAACAGCAAAGACUAAGUGCUUGGAAAUGCUUUUGGGUGUCCUUCAGCUGUGCCUGGGCAUUGCCACUGGGCCAAUAUUGGCAAUGAUGAUUGACCCUUCAGGAGCCUUACAACAAAGUGAGCUUCACUUUGAAAGCACAGGUGUGUGCAGAGAUGGCUGGGCUAACUUACUAGCCCACAGCCAAGGGGCCAGGGAAGAGUGGGGAAGGCUCAGCAAAAGCUUGUGGAUGGGGUACUGCUUGACCUCCACAAUAGAAGCUGCAACCUUCAAGGACAUUUGCUUCUUCCUGAUGUGGCUGUAUUGCCACCCAAAGGCCACUGCAAGAGGGCAAAACUUGUUCAGGUCUUUGGCUUUGCAGACUUUGCCAUCUUUGAUCAACAAAGCUGGUGCCUGGCUCUCAAGCUUGGCAGUAGAACUGUCCAAGAAGGAGCUAUCAGUGCUUCCAAUGCUAAAGACAAAGACUGGGCAAUGCAGGAGAGUUGCAGACCCUGUGAACAGGAUGAUUUUGAUGCAGAGACUCAGGAAAGAGAAACUGCACAGAAGAAAGAUUGCAGCAACACACCAAGAUGUCAACCUGGGCAACUCCAGACUUUUGCAAUAUGAGGCCUUUUUAGAUUGCUUCCUCCAUGGAGAGGCUUUGGCCAGCACCUUUGCAGGAGAGAGGCAAGUGUGUGUGGCUUGGGACCCAUCCUCUUAUGGUGGCAAAGAAGUGAUGGUGGCAGCAAUUUACAGCACAAACCUGGACAAGGCUGCAUGGCUGCUUAACCAGCAAAUGGGCCAAGUGAUGCUUUCAGAGCUACAUGAAAGCCUUCUACCUAUGGCAAGGCAGUCAAAGCUGGACAGAAUCACAGGAUACAAUGAGCUGAGGGCACUUUCAGCUGCAUUGAGAGGAGCUGGUUUGACUUUGAUGAACUUCCAGGUGCCCACAGGACUGAUAGUCAGACCACUCCAAGCUCAUGAAUGUAGAGUUAAGAGUGAAUCUGGUGAAUGGUUCAUAUAUGACCUCCACACACAAACAGCAGCACCAGAAAAGCCUGCCAACCUGCAGCUUGGCAAGGUGCCAGUUCUGUGCAGUAUCAGUGACCAAGGGCCAAUCAACACAGCAGCCCUCAACUUUGCACAGUACAGCCCAGCAGCCCUCAUGCUGCAUGCACAAUACGACCCCUUCCAUAGGGCCUGGAAUGACCUGAAGACAGCCUUCAAAAAGACUUCCAGUACCUGCAAAGCCUGGAGGGUCGUAUUGCAGCUGACAAUAGUGGCCAAUGUCAGCUAUGGGCCAUUUGGCAGCUCUCAGUGGCACUACAAGAAGCUGGCAAAGAUGGAGGAAUUUUUUGCCACUAGAAGCAUCAUGUCCACUUCCUGGAAGAAAUACCAGCAUCUCAUCUGCCAGGAGAUGAGGCAGCUGGAGCCUGAAUCCAGGGAGGAUGCAGAGGCCCUAUUCCAGUCCAUGAAGAACCUCCCAAGCUUCACCAAGAAAGGCCCACUGGUGAAGCUCAUGAGAUGGUUUAGCUUCUUCGAGAGUAUGGCUUUCCUCGCUGGCCAAUUCUGGGUCAACAAGAUGAUUUUCCAGGAAAACUUAGCAGACAACCCAGAAAAAGAGGAGGCUGAAGAUUUUGUACUGCCAGAAGAAGAAAAGGACCCUGCCAAGGAACUGCAGGAGCUGAAGAAGAAGCAGGGUUCCUGGACACUGGCCCCAAAGCUGAUCACUGAGAAGAGCCUGUGUGUCAAGGAUUGCAUUAUGGCAAUCGGCAAGGCCACAUGGAAGAGCCAUGCUUCCAGGGCAAGGUCUCUCACAUCAACCUUGCAAGUAUGCCAAUACAAUGUGUCCUGUGCAGCCUCUUCAUUCUGGGCUGCAGAGCUGGAGGAAAUUGUGGAGGCAUCCCUUUGGGAUGAAAAGGGCUUGAAGCACCUGUUGCCACAAUGGAGGUGCCAUGAGGAAGCUAUUGCCUUCCAUGAAGAUCUGUUUGGCAAAGUGCUUGAAGCCAGGGCCACAUCUCUAGUUGCAUUUCACUGCAUUCCUCCUCACACCUACCAUCACUCAGUGUCUCAGGACAUGCAGGUGGCCAGGGCAGCCUUCCAGAAGGCCAGAAAGGAGUGGGAGAUGCUCCAGGAAAUUGAGUCAGCAGCUGCCCAUGGUGCAGUGAUAGAGCCCCUUUCCAAAAUGCAUUGGAGAUUCUCGCCCUUUGUCAGAACUCUGCUGCUGGCCUAUGAGGAAGACCUUGCUUUUGGGAGGCUGGGUGGUGACAGCCAGGCCAAGAGGCUCCAGCUCUUGAUUUGCAAGACCCUUGGCGAUAGCAGAUUGGUGGAGAUGGCCCACCAGACUGCAAAGGACAUUCUAAGGGCCAAGAAAGACAACACCUUUGCCAACACAGCCAUCAUGAGCAAAGUGCUCAGCAGCCAGGUCCUGGAGAAAAGAAAGUUGGCCACUGUUACCUUUCGCAUGGAGCCCAACAGGAUGAACUUGGUGUGGGAACACAUCCUUGACUUGGAAGAUUGGGCCUACAUCCCCACUGAGAUGAUGCUGCUGACAGAAGGAAAAGGCCCAAUUGUCUUCAAGAAAACAGAUGAAGCAAUGCCACUGCAACAUGCAAUUUGCUUUUUUGGCCUCCCUUUGACAGUGGCACAGAUCAGGAGAUUGAUUUUGCUUUUGGGAGGGCCACAUUUGCCAGGGAUGCCCAGCAGGCAGCAUGUGGAGGAGACACUGUUUCAGACUAUAUUCUCUGAUGAGGCGCUGCCAGAAGUGAGGGCCAAAGUCGAACAAUUUGCAAAGGCUGGCAUCGAUCAGGAUGACAUUGACUCUGAGCUGUCAGAGAUCUUGUCAGAGCUAGACCAAGAAGAUGGAAACAAGCAAGAUCUCAAAGAUCUGAAGACAAAAAGAAAGCAACAAAGGGCAGCCAAAAGAUUCAAAGCAGAGAGGGAGGCUGCACAGAAGUCUCCUGAGACAGCAGAAGCAAAGGCUGCACAGGCAGAGGAGGCACCUGAAGCUGGCCCAUCCUCUGGAUCAGGCAUCAGGCGACCUUGGGCUUCUGCCCCAAAAGUGUACAAAUCUCCAGAGGAGGUUCUCAGCAAGCUAAGCCCACCAGGGUGUGUAAUGGGGCUGAGCUACAUGGACCACAGGUUCACCUCAAGGUACCCUGUUGACAGUGCUGCAUUGGAAGGCCUGGCAUAUGCCAAGAAGACCAUGACUGCUUCUUUUGCACAAAAGAGAUCUUGGGAAGAUGCUCUCAGGCUUGUUCACAGACAUUGCUGGGAGAAGUGGGGCAUCAUCAGAGCAGACUUUCCAUUGCAAGCUGGUGAAGUGGAGCAGACACCUGGGCACAUACCCCCAGACAUCAUCGAAGCCCUAACAGGUAUCAUCAAGACACUACCUGAGGUGAAGAGGUAUUAUCCUACUAAGUAA